AGGCAAGAAAUGACGGGCAGGCGCGGGGCGGGGCUCUGGGAGGCGCGGGGCGGGCUGGCGGACUUGUUGGGGGCACUUCCGGGAAGCGCGCGGCGUCAGCCGGCGCUCCCUUGCCCUCCGCCCCUCCCCCGCUCUCUCCGUCACGCGCUGCUCCUCCACCCCCGCCCCGCCCGCCCCGCCCCGCCGCCUUGUCACCUGCUGCUGGGGGGCCAGGGGAGCUUCCGCGGGACCAUGGCCGGCCAGCAGGACAAGGCUGCCUUAAUUAGCGAAACCAGACGGCGCUUUGAGACUGAAUAUCUGCAAGAUAAAUCGGAUAAAUAUGAUUCCAGAGAUGUGGAAAGAUUGCAGCAAGAUGAUAAUUGGGUUGAAAAUUAUUUAAUUUGGCGUCAUGAUGUUGUGGAUGAUACGUUGAAGAUGAUUGAUGAAAGCUUUCAGUGGAGGAAAGAAUACAUCGUCAAUGAUUUGUCUGAAUCUGCCCUUCCAAAAUGGUUGUUUGAAAAUGGUGCUCUUUACCUGCAUGGAUAUGAUAAAGAGGGCUACAAGUUAUUCUGGUUCAGGGUGAAGUUUCAUACGAAAGAGCCUAAACUGCAGUUUGAAAAAAAGAAGUUUGUAGCCUUUUGGUUAGAGCAUUAUGCCAGAAGAGAGCAUGGGAAGCCUUUAACGGUGGUGUUUGAUAUGGCUGAAACUGGAGUCAGUCACAUAGACUUGGACUUCAUUCGGUUUAUCAUCAACUGUUUUAAAGUUUAUUAUCCGAAUUACCUCUCAAAGAUAGUGAUCUUUGAAAUGCCAUGGAUAAUGAAUGCUGCUUUUAAAAUUGUGAAGGGUUGGCUUGGUCCAGAUGCGAUAAGUAUGUUGAAGUUUACAAACAAGAAUGAAGUGCAGGAAUACAUCAGUGUAGAGUAUCUGCCUGCCUACAUGGGUGGAAUUGAUACUUUCAAGUACAGUUACCCUCCAUUGGUUGAUGAUGAUUUUCAAACUCCAUUAUGUGAAAAUGGACCUAUUACUACUGAAGAUGAAACUGAAAGCAAAGAGGAGAUGGAAGCAGACAGCAAGGAGGCUGGAGAAUCCAUUGAAGAGCAAAUUCUCAGUGUGAAAAAGGUGUGUUCUGUAGAACAAAUUUCCAAACCAGAAGAGAAUGACAAAACAGAUUCCAAAACAAAAAAUGCAAAGAAAGCAUUAACUGUUUUUAAAGGACCAUUAUUACAUAUAAGUCCGGCAGAAGAACUAUUUUUUGGAUCCAAAGAAAUUGGAGAAAAAAAAUGCUUGAUUGUUCUGACAAAUGUGACUAAAAAUGUAGUGGCCUUUAAGGUGAGAACAACUGCUCCUGACAAGUAUAGAGUUAAACCAAGUAAUAGUAGCUGUGAAUCUGGUACAUCAGUAGACAUAGUAGUAUCCCUCCAUGGUGGUUUUGCCGCUUCCCUGCAGGACCGUUUCCUGAUAAUGGCAGCAGAAAUGGACCAGUUUUCUGGAGCAGGUGUGCCAGAAUUAGCUCAGUUUUGGAAAGAAGUCCCUAGAAACAAAGUGAUGGAACAUAGGUUAAGAUGUCAUGUUGUAGAAAGUAGCAAGCCUUCUACUCUGACAUUAAAAGAGAAUUCAUUUAAUAUCCCUACAAAAACCAAUGAAGAUUUACACUUACAGCUAACUCAAUUAUUACAGGUUAAUAAGAGACUUCAAGAGCAAAUUGAUCGCUGUGUCUGGUUCCAGCAGCUAAUAGUUGUAUUAGCAUUGUUCUUAGUUGCUAUUGCUGCCUUUUGCUUCUACCUGUUGUACAUUCCGAGAUGCUAAACAACAAUGCUUUGUACUACACGUGCUGCCUGUGUUAAUCAGGUUGAAAAGAGAGAGAAUCCAAUGUUGCUCCAUUAAACCCUGAAACUACCAAAAAUGAGAGAAGUCUAUGCUCCCUUGAGACUGUAAAGUACAACGUUGAGUAAUACUAUUUGCUGUUAAAAAAAGAAACAAAAGACCAACAAGAGCUCAGAAAUUUACUGAAACUGUCUUGACAUGUACACUUACAGUACAGAAAGAAGAGGAUAUUUAAAGAGCUAGGAGCUAUGUUCACUGGACAAGUUAUUGAAUAUUACCAAACAGAAAAGAUGACUAAAUGUAACAGUAUAACUUAAAACUGCAUAGAAUAUAUUAUUUUUCUUGUUUUGGUUGAAGUACUUUAAAUUUCACCUUUUUAGUUUCAUUUCAUUCUCAUGCAUACACGAUGUACUGAAAGGUGCAAGCAGGCUGCUUAAAUGUAUUUAAAAACACUUUUUUUUUGGUUUUUAACAGAAUUAAAAUAGUUGCAUAGUACAGGUUAGAUUUUUCUUACAUAUGUGUGUAUGUACAUAGUGUAUAUGAAAAUAGGGACACAUGAACCUAAUAGUACGCAGUAAUUAGAUCAUGCUUUUUGAAAUUCAAGAACAGCAUCCUUAUCAUGGUUAAUUCUUUAUUUUUGUUUUUUUUUCUGAAUGUAAAAUUAUUGUAUCAAUAUUUCAUGCCAGACAGUAUACACAGUGCAUCAGUUUUUAGCCAUAUUCCCCAGAAAAAAAUGCCUGCCAUAAUUCCAAAGACAUUUGAUAAAAAUACUUUUGUUGAGACACUGUCCUAAUUAAUCAUAGAUAUUUUGUUCUGUUAAAUUUUCCUACUUUAAUGUUUACUAAUUUCAUGUUGUUGUGGAAGGAACUCUUUAUUCAAACUCCAAAGCAACAUGCUGUUAAGUAGGUCAGCAAUAGUCAACUGCAUGAUUCAAAUAAAAGCUAAAAAAAAUCGAUGUAAGAAACAUUUCUGAGAGAUGCGCAAUAUACUUCAAUCGUGUGAAUAUCUGGAAGAAACAAGCCAGGUCAGGAAAAGACUGGAUAGAUUGGGCAGACUAUGAAAAAUACAGUAUCUGUUGCUUCUUUGAAAGCAUUUUAGGAAUGAUCUAUAAAAUGAGUGAGAAUUUAUUCUAGCAAAGAUUCUUUGUACUCAUUUCUGUAAAUAUUUAUAUUGAAAUUAUCUAAAAAUUAAAAGCCUAAAGAGACAUGGUAUCUUUCAUAAAUUUUUAAAUCUUUUUUUUUUUUUAAACUAACCCUUUAUAAUAAAUGCUUGAAACUUUAAAACUGAAAUCUGGUUCUUGUUUUCACCACGUAUUGUCUUGUCUGAUAAGUCUCUUCAUUAGCGCUGGGCUGAUGGCUUUGAUUUUUUUAAAUCUAUUAGAAAAGAUAAUUGCAGAGUUCAUGGUAUAUUUUUAAGGUACUGUUCCCCCCAAAAAACCAUAGUUAAGGG